AACAUCUAUAUUAAAGUAAAUAUUCAUACUUCAUAUAUCUGUAACAUGGAACAAGACCUCCUCCGGCACGGUCCUUGAUAGAAUGAUGUCGUAUUAAUAAUUUACCGAAUAUUAUAAUUAAAUUAAUGCAUUUAUUUAAUUAAUAUAGUGAUAGAGUGACCGACGAUUUGUGCUUUUAGUGUAACAUAAGUACAACCAUGGAUCUCCACAAACCAGUCGACCCUAACAAGACAUACGAGGAAUUGACGGCGGAAGAGAAAAUGAGGUACGACCAUCAGAAGAUGCACGAGCUGCACAAGGGCCACGAGUCGAUGCACACAACUAUGGUACUGAUACUCAUCGUGACCCUCGUCGUGGCGCAGUUUGUCGUCAUCGAGUGGAAGAAACGACACUACAGAUCUUACGCCCUAUUUACAAUGGUGGCGAUGUGGUCGUUUCCUGUGAUCAUGAGCGCCAAGAACCAGUGGUGGAGGUUCAUUGUCAUUUGGAGCAUAUUCACGUUGCUCACCGCGCUCGUCAUCAGGAAGUCCACGUACAGACCCAUGGCGGUCACCACGCCUAGGUUAGUGUAUAAGUGGUUCUACUUAAUAUACAUAGCGAGCUGCUUCAUCGGCGUCAUAGGGUAUAUAAUAAUGAUGAUGACGUUCUUCGGGGUCAACUUGAUAUUCAACCAUAAGCCCCAGGCUUGGAUGGACGUCGCGCUGAUGAUGUUGUUCUAUGGGCUAUACUUCGGUGUCCUCGGACGUGACGUGGCCGAGUAUUGCACGGACAAAAUGGCUGCUUCGAUUGGGUACUAUACUCAAGAGGGCAUGCCGACGCGACAGCUGGAGAGCAACGUGUGUGCGGUCUGCGGCAACCAACUGCUCGUCGAUAUACACGAGCAGGGGGUGUUAGAGAACACAUACAAGCUGGCGUGCGGUCACGUGUUCCACGAGUUCUGCAUCCGGGGCUGGUGCAUCGUGGGCAAGAAGCAGACCUGCCCCUACUGCAAGGAGAAGGUGGACCUCAAGCGCAUGAUCACCAACCCAUGGGACCGGCCGCACAUCUUCUACGGGCAGCUGCUAGACUGGAUCCGGUGGCUGGUGGCGUGGCAGCCGCUCAUCCUGUUCCUCGCGCAGGGCAUCAACUGGAUCUUCGGACUGGAAUAGUGGAAUUAGGUGCGGGUUCGAUGCCUCGUGUAGUUAGAGAAAUGGUGUAAAAUGAACUGUAAAGUGAAAUGUGAACAAAUAUCUACUGUUUUCGGCUUUGAAGUGUGAACAAAUGUGUAAUCGUGUUUUUAAAAGUUGCAAAAUAGUAAAGAUGUAUACUAAUUCAUCAGUUACUUAUGUCUAUGAUUUGGUGUAAUUCUGUUGCGUAUACAGUGGUUUCUUCUGUGGCAACAGUAAAUAUCUAUGGACCAGUAUAGAAUGAACCAAUCAACAAAAAGGUCAAAUUAAUUUAUGGUAUACUAUAGAAAAUGAUGUGUAUUAUUGCGAAACAAAAAAUAUUUAAUUCUGUCCUGUUUUAGAGGUAUAAAUAAUUAUAUUAUAAUUGAAUUAAUGUUUGUUACGAAAUAAUACAGAUUUUUUUCGAUAGUUUUGCAUUAAUAUUUCAAUAUUGAUCUAUUGCCAGUCUAGUAUAAAAGGAACUGUUUGAAAAACGGAUGGAUAUUUGUUAACAUUUCCGCGAACGACUCGUUCGAGUAAUCGUAGUGUGUUGUGUUUAUACAGGGUGGUUACAUAGUGUUACACAGGAUGUUCUGUUUUUAAAUAUUUUAAUAAUACAAACUAUCAGUGUUUUGAGCAAUCAGUGUAUUGUAUUUUUCUUUCACUCUUAUAAAAUUUUAUAUUGAUAGUGCACGAUCUAUUCUUCAGUUUUGGACCGUGCAAGUUUAGUUGGUUAACAUGAAGCAUACGCAUCUAUCUCUUUCUGGACCUCAAAUCAUUUCGAAAUAUCUUAAAAAAAAAUUACAAUACUAUUUCUUUUUCGAAUAAAAACCUUAUCCAUAGUUAUUAUUCCAUAAUGUGCCUACAUAGAAUAUUGUUACAAUUGCAUAUAAAUGAAAUAGACAAAACAUGAUUGAAAAACAUAAUAAAAUAUUUUUUAAUGUAAAAACACAACGCAUUGACGUUAUUUCAGAACAAUGUUUAAUAUAUAAAUAUUUAUUAGUUUUAAUACAAAACGUACAACGGCUUGCGAGUUAUCUCUUCACUAGUUUUACAGACCAAGCAGUAUGCUACUUACAGCAGUUUUAAAUAAGGGCGCGUCCAUAAAUUACGUGAGAUUUUUAAGGGGGAAGGGAAUCGAGUCAAAUCUCAUCUAAUCUUACGUUGGAGAGAGGGGACGUCUCGGCAAAUAUGAAAUUUAAAAAAAAACACCUCACGUAGUUUAUGGACGCCCCCUAAAUGAUCCCAAUCUCAAUCUUCAAUCCCAGAAUGAACCAAUCACUAUAACUCAUUUGUGCGCACGUCAAAAAAGCUUUGUUCUGAUUGGUCCAUUUGUGAGAUAGAUCGAAAAAGUUUGGAACUACUUAUUGAAAGUGGCGGUUAGUAGUACAAAACAUAAGUACUGUGCUCCAGCGACCGCUUACAUCGGCACGGAUUUGGAAAUUGAUAUGGUGUUUUCUAAAACUGUUUUUUUCUAUUGCUUUGAAUGAUGAAACGAGCUUGCCGUUCGCCUGAUGGUAAGCGAUACGACCGCCCAUAAACAGUAGAAACACGGUUCAAUACCUUAAAUUACAAAAUAUUGUUUGAUAUUCCAAUGCGCUCGCCAUCAUGAAACAUGAGGUGUUCAGUAUUGUAUAGAUUUUUCUAAUUUUUAGCUAUUUUGCGCGGUACCAAAUUAUAUAUGGUAUAUUUUUGUACUGACUAGGUCGAUUCACCUCUCCAACAGCUAUUUCGUUUUCAAGGCCUGCAGGCACAUAUUCAUCUGAGUUCAUUAUUUAAUAUUUUAAUCCACUGUCAUUAUUUUUUUUAUCAAAAAUUUUCUACCUAAUUAACGUACGAUGUUGUAAUUAGCACAUUUUGUAGCUUCUGUCAUCUUGUUUAAUCACUUUAUCUAUCGUUGCGAAUGAAGCAGAGAUCCAACAGGGUAGAAAUAACAAUUUAUAUUAUGAAAUCCUUUUUUGUAAAAGAAGUAACAGACUUUUCUUUGAUUUUAAUUCUAAUCACGGUAAGCUAUUUUACGAAUAUAACUAGAUGAAGUAGUAUUGGGUACGCAACCCCCAUUAACCUUGUUCCAAGUCUGUGCCCGGAAUACUGAAGCUUGUUAAUCUUGUAAAUGUGUUGUAUUAUUUUAAAAUUAAGUAUAAAACAUAUUUUUAAUAAUUUUAUUUGCAAUAUUUCACGUCUAAUGGCAGCGAAACGUGCCGGAAUAUAUUAAAUUCCCUGCUAUUUUUUUUUGCAAUCUUGCCAGUACGUUUAAAACAGGAAAAUCUAGUAUUCAAAUUUAACUAUCAUAAUACCUUUUUUUUAUACCAGAGAGCGGGGAAAAUGUACAAUUUGUCACUGGCAACCCAUCCAAAAAGGAAAUCUGACAAAGGCUAUCAAAUUAAAUUAGUUUUAUAAUCUAGGUAAUGAAAUAGCUCUUAAGAAAAUGUAAUGAAAUAGCUCUUAAAAACAAAUGUAUUGAGUUAUAAAAAAUAUGAAAACCGGAUGUUGUCUGUAACUUAGCCUCCGUUAAAGACGUUUGCAGGUAUCAUGAUCCCAUUGCGCACUUUUCCGCAAUAAAACAGCCAAUAUAGAAAAUUCAAGACGAGGUAUUCGUAUGAAAUCUCAUUCAAAUCCGUUCAGCUGUUCAUUUUACAAAGUAGAGCGGGCGAAUGAGCUGAUGGGUUACCUGAUGGGAAAUUGGCAAAGGUACCGAAUGCUCCCCACCCCUGCAUAUAUAGGCAGUAGUUGUAUUAUUGGGACUGAGUAUAUGAAAUUUCCACUGUCCCUCCUUCCCUGUAUCAAAAUGUAAUAUUUGGACUCUCCCUUAAUUUGAAAGCUGUCUACCCCUAUAGUGAUUAUCAUUGUCUUUAAAGAUCAGAAGUGAUCAUGGGUUGCAAUUAAUUUUGAGUUUUCUCUAUAAGCUCCCUAAAUCGUCCGAAAAUAUGUAGUGAAAGCCGGGCCCACAACCUGGUAAAUAAUAAUAUAAAAAAUAAAAUAAUAUCAGCCUUGUAAUAUAUACUAUCCCACUGUUGGGCACGGACGUCCUCUACUACUGAGAGGGAUUAGGCCUUAGUCCACCACGCUGGCCUAGUGCGGAUUGGUAGACUUCACACGCCCUCGAAAAUUCGUAUAGAAAAUUUCUCGGGUAUGCAGGUUUCCUCACGAUGUUUUCCUUCACAACCUACUAAGGGGGAGAAAAUUCAUUGAAAAAACCAGCUAUAAGUGGUUUUAGAUCCUCAAUUUAGUACGACUAAACGUAGCUAGGAAAUCUUCAUUGUUAACUAUGAGUACCUAGUCAUUAUACGAAAAAUAUUAUUGAAAUCCUAUUUUGAUAUAUUAUCAUGCAUUUAUAUGUUUAAAAUUGCGAGUGAUCAUUGGUUUAGUGUAAAAAUUGUUAUGAAUAUUUAAUUUUGUUUUGUGUAAAUAAUUAAGAGCGCUUUCAGACGAUGGGAGUUAACGCGCGUUGUCCCGCGUAUCGAAUUCUGCACUAAUAGCCAGUUACUUCAUUAACAGUAGCAGUCAAAGUAACACUCAUUUUUGUCUAAGUCAUGACGCUUGUGUUGUGGAAACUCUUAUGGUUUUUACUUCAAAGCUGAGUUUAGAUCAGCAAGUUCUUACAGCAUUAUAUUGCGCAAAUACUUCCAAAUUUACAGUAGCGGUAUUCCAUAUAUUCCAUACUCAUGCCCCGCAACUCCUCCAAGUUUCUAAAUUUGCAGAAAAUCAAGCUCAGCAAAUUUUCUUGCUAAUAAGACCUUGUUUUAGAGUUCAUGAAGUAACUGGUUGUAAAUGUUCUAAUGUCGUGCUGACGCGCGUUUUUACCAUUCCGCGAAGAGCCAACGCGCGUUAACCGCGUCGUCUGAAUUGGGCCUAAAUGUUGUGUAAUGUAUUUGACCAAUGUGACCACGUAAAGCCUUGUUCAUUUGAGACAAACUUGAUAAUUGCUAUUUGAAAGAUUUAAAUCGCGUGCUUUUUUUAAUUGUUCUAUUUUGCCUUUUAUUUAUACCAACCUAUAUUUUUAUUAGUUUGGUGCACUAUUUAAUUUUUGUAGUAGUUAAAGUGGAGUUUUUCAAUAUUAUUAGAUUUAAUAUCAGAAUUGUUUAUCAAAGUAUAGCUGUUUGCGUGAUGCGUGAAAAUUAAGAGAAAAUAACAGGUAUAUGCUGGUGUUGUUGGCUAUACACCGGGUGGUCUUUGAUGUUACCCCAGUACAAACCGCAUUACAUAAUUCUUGUAAUUCUUCACUUAUUUAGCAUAUAUUGUAACGACAUGUUUUCGCGUGUAUUCAUUUCAUCUGAACAAGGUCGUGUAUUGUGCGGGGAAUCGAACCCUGAAUUAAUGAUACGGUAUCUGCCGAUCAUCGAGCUAAGCGUGCGAAAUAUGCGUUAAAUGUUAAGUAUUAUUUUUAUAUAAAAUAUAAAUGUAUAGUAAA